AUGAAGAAGAGCACGGGCGAAGGACUGCGGGUGCUGGUGGGUGGUGGGUCCGGCUUCAUAGGGUCCGCACUCACGCGCCACCUCGCCAGCCGCGGACACUCCCUUCGCCUCAUCUCCCGCACCGGCGCAAGUGGAGGGCUGUCGUGGGAAGAGGUGGACAAGGCCGGGCUGCCGCCGUGCGACGCUGUCAUCAACCUCGCCGGUGCCAACUUGAUGGGCAAGCUGCUAUGGACUCAGGCCUACCGCCAGGAGGUCUGGGACUCGCGCAUCAACACCAACAAGGCCAUCGCGCGGGCCAUCGGCAAGAUGAACGAGGCGGAGCGGCCCAAGGUGUUCGUGUCGGCGUCGGCGGUGGACGAGGACCACGCGCCCCGCGCCGACUCCUGGUUCGGCGAACUGACCGAGGCCUGGGAGGGCGCUGCGGACGAGGCCGCCGACGCCACGAGGGUGGUGAAGGUGCGGACCGGCAUAGUUCUGGGCCGCGAUGGCGGAGCGUUGGCGUCGAUGCUGCCCUCGUUCCAGUUCGGGAUGGGCAACGUGAUGGGCGACGGGCGACAGUACUUCCCGUGGGUCCACCUCGACGACAUCGUGGGCCUCUACGAGCACGCGGUUGUGAACGACAACGUGACCGGAGUGGUCAACGGCGUGGCUCCCGAUGCCAAGAACGCCCAGGAGUUUGCCGAGUGCUUGGCGAAGACGAUGGGCACCAGCGUCAAGUUCCAUCUGCCCGCCUUCGUGAUCGAGACCAUGUUCGGCUCAGAGAGGGCCAAGCUGCUGCUCGAGGGCCACAAGGUGAUCCCCAAGCGCACCCUGGCGAGCGGCUACCAGUUCAAGCAUCCCCAGCUCGAGGAGGCGUUGGCCGACGUCUUGAAGAAGAAGUGA